GUCGCUUCCAGAGAAACGUAGUUCGGUAGCCUCCAUCGCCGGUUGUCUCCGGGAGAGACGAACUCAGUUGACCAAGUGGCGCUGCGGCUGCAAGUCCGAAGUCGGACUUUCCCGGUCUAUAAAGAGGGUUUGAACCGGGUGGCGGCUGUACUCGCUGGCACAGGUUCGGCGAGAUGACGCCUGUGUCUUGGAUCCGGAGAGGUCUCGAACAAGAUUUGGCACUCUCAACUCCCACCUAGUAUCUGCAUACCAGAGUAUCUCGCUUUUCCCCUACUUACCCCAAGCGCUGUUCCCCUGACUAGUCCCAGUUUCGGCUUGAUACUGCAUCCCUACCUUUAGGAUUACAUCCCCGAUUCCCACUCUCUGUCUGACGUGUGGCUUUAUUGGGCUGUACCUCGGGUAUUCCGGGCUGGGAGAGCAAGGGCACAAGACGCCAGGAGGCAGCCUCGCAGAAGGUUAUGAGUAGGAGCCUGAGCUGGUUUGAGCACCUCGACGCACUUCUCAAUGCUACUGAUGGAAAUGUGGCCAGGAUUAAGUUUUGGGUUUAGGGACACUCAGAGCUUAUUGGCCUGUGCACUUGUUUCUUUUGUAGCAGCGACUGUAUCCUCUUGGAGUCUCCACAGCAGGAGACCUGGCUGGGACCUGGAUUUCCCUUCAUCACUUGCCUCCAUAGUCUGGUGUCCAAGCCACAACCUUGGGCUCUAGAGACUCCCUUUGUUCCAGAGAGGCUGAGUUGGGCUGAGACCCAAAGAGCAGCUUCUCUCUGGGAUGAAGUUACUAUUCUCCGAUCCCAGCUUCAAUCCCAGGCUCAGGUGACUGAGGCACUAAGACAGGCCGUACAGGGGCUGCUGGAAGAGCGAGAGCAGCAGAAAUACCAGAUCUGUGCCCUGGAAGCAUCACUAAGGUUGCUGCAGGGAGGCCCAGAGCAGAGGGCCCUCCUCCUGGAGCAACGCCUGGAGGAGCUGAGAAGGGAACUGCAGGGCCUUCAAAGCCAGGUGCAGGAACAGGCCCAAGCCCAAAUACAAACAGGACCACGAAAGUGCAGUGCUUCUAGUGGCCUUCACCAAGAGCUGCAGAAUGAGCGGCAACUCCUGUGGGAGGAAUCAGAGCUUCUUUGGGAGGAGCUGAAGCUGCUGUGGGACCAGCUGAGCCAGCACCAGGAGCUGCUGCUGAAGCAGAUGGCUGAGGGGCAGCAAGCUUAGGCCCACAGCUGGAAGAUCUCCAGAGGAGCACACUUUCUAAACUGGAGCCCAGCAGCUUACAGCUCUAGGCCCAGAGCCUUGAGCAGGAGAACCUCUUCUUUAAGGGCCUCACAAUGUUCCUGAGUGACCUGUAAGGACUUGAAAGAGUAGUUUUGCUCACCUUCCCCUCCAAGGCCUUGUUUCUGGGCCCCCUGCCCCACUUCUUGAUCUAGUUGGUAUCUGCCCUCCCUACUGAGGCUUGUCACUGCCUGCCCAUCCCUGUCCACCAACUGCAAUAAAAUGUUUUA